AUGCCGGGAACAUGGACCGCCGCCGACCACCUCGACUUGCUGAAGACGUCACUGAAGACGUCGAUUCCGUAUACGAGUGGCGUGCAGAGGGUCAAAAAGGAGGACCUGGUGCUGUUUUACCGCAACGUUGCCGGAGGUACAACACACUACAUGGACUUUAGCGCAGCCCUGCCAGACGGGGAGCUCGCGCAGCUGGCGGGGGCGUGCGAGAAGGCAACGUUUGGAUCGGAGGCGGCGAAAGGGGACGUGCUGGACGAAGGUGUCCGCAAGGCGGGGAAGCUGGAUGUGGAGAACUUUGCGGCGCGCUUGGAGGUGAGUGCGAUGGGCAUUGUUGAGGCAGUGGCGCCGGACUUGCUGGCCGGGUAUAACUAUGGCCGACGGGCGAAGAAAGAGGGCGAGGAUGAUGAUGAAAAGGACGAAGAGGAGAAGGAGGACGGGAGGGUGCUGAGGGCGGAGCUGUAUAAGCUCAAUGCCCAGGCUCGUUUUUCAAGGCCCACCGUCAAGGACACGCCGCGGGGAGACGACAUGAUAGGCUCCCUCGUCAUCGUCCUCCCUACCAAGCACGAAGGUGGGGCGUUAACACUCUCGCAGGAGGGCUCGACAUGGGUCUUUGAUUCUGCGAGUCAACUUGAAGCAGAUGCUGGCUCGCCUGUUGUCGCAUAUAUUGCUUUCUUCAGCGACGUCACUCACACCGUCGAACCCGUUGUCUCUGGCUACCGUGUCACAUUGACGUAUAACCUGUUCUUGACUGCUCGUACGCCCGGCACUGCCACCACCCGCAUCAUCCCGGCGCCCGAACUCAACUGCGAAACAUCGCUCCGCGCGCUGCUUGCUGACCCAAAGUGGCUCCCCAACGGUGGCCACCUCGCGUUCGGACUGACACAUCAGUACCCGAUGCCGCGCCCACGGAAUACCUACGAUGGCACCUAUGAUGAAUUUGAUUACGACGACGACGACGAGCCAAUCCCCCGCGUGAAGCUGCCUGUGCUCGACGAAGCGCUGCUGAAGGGCUGCGACGCGCGCCUGCACAACGCGGCGCUCCGGGCCGGUCUGCAACCGCGUGUGCGGCUUAUCUAUGAUAUUAAUGAAUUCGGCUUCGACGGGAAAGAGGCGGUUGUAGUGAUGGACGAGCCUGUGGGCGUCGAGGACGUGGCAGACGAGGAGGACCUCAAGAAGGACGACGAGAUUCAACGGCAAGGCACGGUUCUGCGGGAGGUCGACGCGGAGGGCAAGCUGAAGCCGGACCCCGAGCCGCCAGUGAAGCGCCGGAGACUGUGGGACGGAGAAGAGUCGGAGGAUGACGGAGAGGGUGACUGGGAGCCUGUGUAUUGGGUCACUCCGCGCGCGGGCCGCAACCAGACCGAGAGCUCGUACGGCGGGUAUCUGGGGAACAACUUUGGCCAGCAGUGCGUUUAUGGGCAUGCAGAGCUAUUUGUGAGGAUUCCGAAGGUGGGUGAGGAGGGUAGGAGUGUGGUUGAAGCAGAUGAGCAGUAG